UGUUCCGCCUCCGUCCGGGUGACGGCGCUGCCGCCCACGGGCCGGUCCUGACCCCGGAUCGACUUCCGGGUCGGGGAAGCGAGAGUCGAUUCAGUGUGAACACGUGCGGUGCCAUGAAGCCGGACCUGGCACUGUCCCUCCUCACUCUGCUGCUGAGUGCACUCAGCUCCCGCUCCCACGGCGACGGUGAGAAGAAGAAGCUGCAGAUCGGCAUCAAGAAGCGGGUGGACAACUGCCCCAUCAGGUCCCGCAAGAGCGACACGCUGCACAUGCACUAUACGGGGAAGCUGGAGGAUGGGACAGAGUUCGACAGCAGCAUCCCCCGCGGGACCCCCUUCACCUUCACCCUGGGCACCGGGCAGGUCAUCAAAGGCUGGGACCAGGGCCUGCUGGGGAUGUGUGAGGGGGAGAAGAGGAAACUGGUGAUUCCGUCCGAGCUGGGGUAUGGCGACCGAGGGGCCCCACCCAAGAUCCCAGGCGGAGCGACCCUGGUCUUCGAGGUGGAACUGCUGAAGAUCGAGAGACGGUCGGAGCUGUAGGCAACCUUGGUCACACCCUCCCCUCCCUUGCCGGGACCCCUGGGGCAGGGAAUCACCCCCCUCCCCAACCGGCUCGUGCAGUGGGGGCGACGGUCGGCGGUUCGACACCGGGGUUGUGGGAGGAGGCUGAGGGUUGCGGGGUCUGUUGUCACCCUGUCCCCACCCCCCCCCACCAUCCGUGUCUCCCAGUCCCUCCUCCCACACCCCCGGGCUCGCUGUUCCUGAGUUAUCCUGCUUCCACUCUCCGGAAUGUUGAGCUCAUCCCAAAUUCUGCUGCUCCCGUGUCCCGGAUCAAACUGUCCUGUUCCUCAACACUUCCCCGUCUCUGUGACCCCCUCCAGCCCCUACACCCCUCCCCGUCACUGUAACCCCCUCCGGCCCCUACACCCCUCCCCGUCUCUGUAACCCCCUCCGGCCCCUACACCUCUCCCCGUCUCUGUAACCCCCUCCGGCCCCUACACCCCUCCCCGUCUCUGUAACCCCCUCCGGCCCCUACACCCCUCCCCGUCUCUGUAACCCCCUCCGGCCCCUACACCCCUCCCCGUCUCUGUAACCCCCUCCGGCCCCUACACCUCUCCCCGUCUCUGUAACCCCCUCCGGCCCCUACACCCCUCCCCGUCUCUGUAACCCCCUCCGGCCCCUACACCCCUCCCCGUCUCUGUAACCCCCUCCGGCCCCUACACCCCUCCCCGUCUCUGUAACCCCCUCCGGCCCCUACACCCCUCCCCGUCUCUGUAACCCCCUCCGGCCCCUACACCCCUCCCUGUCUCUGUAACCCCCUCCGGCCUCUACACCCCUCCCCAUCUCUGUGACCCCCCCCCCGGCCCCUACACCCCUCCCCAUCUCUGUGACCCCCCCCCCCGCCCCUACACCCCUCCCCAUCUCUGUGACCCCCCCCCCCCCCCAUUCCCGCAGCUGCUUGCGUCCCGUUGAGCGAUUCCCUCCCAAACCCCCUCUGCUCCUCUCUCCGGCUUCAAACUGCCCAAACUCCGUGCUGAGACAGAGUCCUGCCUUGGGAGGUGUUCACCGCAAGCUGAUUCCCUGAGGAGGUUUGUUCCUCCUGGAAUUAAUUCCAUGGGAUCAGUCUGUGCGCAGAUCCCCACCUGUCAUUCACUCGAUCCGACAGCAGGGAGCAGGCUUGUCCACCGGAUGGCUGCUAGGGGCUGUCUGUAAACUGCAAUCUUCUUGUAUAAGUGUAAACAGGAACAAUUUUUCCAGCUCCUGAUCUUUGUUUGUGAAAUUACUCAUUAAAAAUUAUUCCCGUC